AUGUCUCGCAACGUAUGCAUCACCGCCGUAGAAGGCAACACCGGCUAUCUCAUCGCCGAACUACUCUUGACAGAUGAAAACUUCGUCAAACAAAUCGACACCGUCUUCGGCCUCACCCAAAACCCCAAUUCCCAGCGCUGCAAAGACCUCAUCCAGCUAGGCGCAACCAUCGUCCCACACCAGCCCGGCCGGACCAAGAACGUCGCAGGCACCCUCACGGACACCAAAGCCAAUACCGUGUGUAUUGUGCCGCCAGCAUCCCGGGACAAGAUCGACAUCACGGCCGAGCUCAUCGAAGCGACCAAGAUCGCAAAUAUCCCGAAUGCGGUCCUCCUCAGCUCGGCGGGAGAGUUUAUUGAUCUUGAAGCUAUGUUUUUGGGGACGAAGGGUGAUGAUUCGACUGUUAUGGGUCAUUGUCCGGUUGUUAUUCGCGCGGGCUUUUAUGCGGAGAAUCUCCUCGCGUAUGCUCCCCAAGCCAAGGAAGAAGGGUUACUUCCUAUUCCUGUUGGACGGGAGCAUAAAUUCGCCCCUGUUGCGUUGGGAGACGUUGCCUUGCUAGCAGCUCAUGUGCUCACAGGUAAAGGCAAAGAGGGAUUCGACGAUAAACAUCGUGGCCAAUUGAUGACCCUCACCGGCCCAAUGCUCCUAGAUGGCACCGAACUAGCCAGAGAAGCCGGCGAAGCCCUAAACUCAGGCAUGGAAUUUGAAGAUAUCUCCGAACGAGAAGCCAAAAAAGUCCUCAAAUCCCAGUCCGCCACAGACGAUGCCGAGAUCCAGUAUAUCCUCGAAUACUACUCGCUCGUCCGCGAGGGCAAGACGAAUUAUGUCUCCACGACGGCCUUUCGUGAUGCUACGGGCGAUGAGCCUCAGCAGCCACCGGAUUUCUUCAGGGUUUAUGCGGAGGAGUUUACUCCGAAGAAGGGGGCGAAGAGGAGGAAGGUUACUGAUGGGAAGUAG